AUGUUCAAAAAACCAAGGUCAAGGCUGGCUCCAAGGGGCAGGGAAAAGUCACCUGAAGAUACAUCACAAACCACGUCUGAGAAAGGAGAGAGCGUCGAGGAGUCGCCAAUUGCCAUUGCGUCUAGACUCAAGAACAAAGCUAAGCGCACUAAGCCCAAAUCUACGCUCAGUUUCGGUGGUGACGAGGAGGCAGGAGAUGGGGAAGUCUUUCAAGUGAAGAAAUCAAAUCUGAGCCAGAAGUUGACCCUGGGCACCCAUCCUGCGAAUGUGCUGCCUGUCUCGCUCGACCAGGCUACUAUUACCCCCCGCUCUAAUGGGGCACCGGUAUAUGACCAGGCGUACCUCUCACAGCUGAAAGCAAGCACGCCUUCGUCGCGACGUGGCCCAGUCACCGAGGGUUAUGAUGCAGAUGUUUCGAUGGACCCUGGUGAAACUGGUUUGGAGGCCACCGAGAUAUCGGUCGAUCUUGAAACAGUGAUUCCUUCUGAAUCAUCAAUAUCAUCCGCUAAACAAAAACGGGAACGCUUGCGGACUCACGGUACAGAAGAUGAUUUUAUAUCUCUUUCUGUCACGAAACGUGAUACCGUACCGCAGGGUCCACAUCCAGAAAGUCGAUUGAUGCGCGAAGAGGACGAACUUGGAGAAGGGGACGACGAGUAUGCCGAGUAUACCAGCGCUCAAGAGCGCAUCGCGCUUGGCAAGAAGUCGAAAAAACUUGAAGCUUCGAAGCGCAAGGGUGCUAUGCAAGAGAUGAUCGCAGAUGCCGAUGAGGAAGAUGAGGAAACCAUGGAAUGGGAAAGGGAACAGUUGCGGAGAGGCGGUCCAUUCCCUACUUCUCGCGAGGUAUCUCCCGUGAAACAGGUCUACAAGCCUGCUGCAAUUCCUACAUCAAGUGCGAUACCCUCUCUUGGACCGGCGAUGGACCGCCUGUCUCAGUCAUUGACCGCGAUGACCACGUCGCAUGCAACAAAUGUUAAGGCAGCAGCGUCAUUGAUCGAUGAACGAGAACAACUGGAUGCCCGCGAAGUAGAGCUACGCGAAAUGAUUGCCAAAGCUGAAGCAAAAAGGUCAUGGUUCGCUGCAUUCAAGGAAUGGGUGGAAAGUGUGGCGACAUUUCUCGAUGAGAAGUUUCCAAAACUGGAGAAGCUUGAGGAUGAAUAUAUUUCAGUGCUCAAAGAACGGUCUGAAAUGAUCACUCAGCGACGCCAAACAGACGAUCAAGAUGAUCUAUCUUUGAUUUUUGGCUCGCUUCCGGCAACCGCAGAUUACUCUGAAGAAGUAGAUGACCUAGGGCGAGUGCUACCUCGAGCAAACCCCGUUGCUGUACGACGUGAGCGACAGGCCGCACGGAUAGCCCGUCGAGUUCGCCGUGAACGUGAACGUGAAACCAGGGCCAUCAGAACGCAACCGGACCAGGAAGAGGGUUACUCGACAGACUCCUCUUUACCCCCAUCGGACGCCAUAGAUUAUCAAAGUGCUAUGGAAAGAAUAGCCAGUGAUGGACAUGCCUUAUUAUCUGAUGUGCGUGCAGCUGAGUUCAGGGAUCCCAGUUUGGGAUUAGCCAAAUGGUUUGGCGAAUGGCGUAGACGCUUUGGUGAUAGCUAUACUGGUGCAUGGGGUGGGCUUGGACUCGUCGGUGCUUGGGAGUUCUGGGUGCGAUUAGAGCUUCUCGGAUGGAACCCCCUCGAGACUUCACACACCCUAGAUGAAUUUUCGUGGUGUACUUCACUACACGAGUACUGUGGAGAUAAGGACGAUGAUCUAGAGCCGGAUACAGGUCCGACCAAUGACUUGGUUUCUGCGAUGAUUUCCACGGCACUCGUGCCCAUCAUCUGCAAGGUAGUUGAAGCAGGCGCGCUUGACUCCUAUUCCGCAUUGGAUACCCGCAAUAUGAUAAACCUGGCAGAGCAAGUGGAGGCCUCUAUUGGACACGACAACCACAAGUUUCAGAUGAUAUUGAAAUCAGUUAACUCCGUUUUUGAACGCUCUGUAUCAACCUGGGAGUCCAUGUUGGCUCCCUUUAUUGCUUUAAACCGCCCCGUUUUUGAUCCGGAUGCCAUUGCCGCCCGUCGGCGUUUACUUCGCCAUGCUUCAAAGCUUUUCGACACCCUCAUCCGAUGGCGAAAAUAUACUGGUGAAAGAUUGGGCAUUGGCGACCUUUGCAUCAGACAUAUGAACAACGUAGUAUUGCCAAUUGCCGAAAGCGGGUGGGAGGUCGGAGGAGAGGAAAUAACUCGGGAGAUGAUUGCCAUAACGCCACACGAAGUAAUACACGCACUGAAAGCGCCAUUAAAAUCCUUGGCGUCCUGA